AUGCCUAUCUCCCAAUAUGUCGAGAGACCUGCCAGUGGGUCCAAAUCGCAGUUUGAGCCAGGCCAUAAAAUCCCUAUCCAGCACUUGACCAAGCCGGGAUUGCAGUCUGACAUGGGAAAUCCAAAGCCCGUGUCCACUCAUAUUCCCACCGAGGAUGGUGGAUACCAGAUCUAUAAGGCCGCUGGAAAGCUUGAAGGAAAGAAAGCGAUCAUCACUGGCGGUGAUUCUGGUAUCGGCAGAGCUGUUGCAAUUCUGUUUGCAAUGGAGGGCGCGUCAAGUUUGAUUGUUUACUUGCCCGAAGAGGAGUCAGAUGCGCAAGAGACUAAGAGAAGGGUUGAGGAGUAUGGCCAGCAGUGUCAUACUCUGGCCAUUGAUCUUCGCAAGAAGGAAAACUGCCAAAAGAUCAUCGAUGUCUCUUUGCAGAAGAUGGGUGGUAUUGACAUUCUUGUGAACAACGCGGCAUUCCAAGACAUGUUGAGCGAUAUUAGUGAGAUAGAUGAAGCACAGUGGGAGCGAACUUUCGAUACCAAUAUCAACUCCUUCUUUUAUCUAUCCAAAUAUUCUCUUCCACACAUGAAGAAAGGAUCCACCAUCAUCAACUGUUCAUCUGUCAAUCCUUAUAUUGGCCGAGGUGAUCUUUUGGACUACACUGCUACCAAAGGAGCAAUUGUCGCAUUCACACGAGCUCUGUCGAACCAGCAGGUGAAGAAAGGCAUCCGAGUGAAUUGUGUAUGCCCAGGCCCAAUCUGGACGCCUCUGAUUCCAGCCACGAUGCAAACCGCCGCCAUGGAACAAUUCCAUGCUGUGCCACUUGGUCGACCGGGUCAACCCAGCGAGGUGGCGACAUGCUUUGUUUUCCUGGCGAGUCAGGAUAGCAGUUAUAUUUCUGGACAGUGUCUGCAUCCCAAUGGAGGUAUCAUGGUCAACGGAUAG